AUGACAGGUCCUGCUCCUGCCCAGGUGGGGUUUCGGAAGGGGCCGGGGCCGCUGCUGAGCCGCCUGGCGUCGCGCAGUCAGCUGGAGCUGGUGCUCUGUGCCGUCUCCAUCUCCCUGGCUCUGCUGCUCAGCAUCGCCAUCGUCGCCCUGGCCAUCCAGUACCAGAGAGAUCCCUCUCACAGCACGUGCCUGACGGACGCCUGCAUCCGGGUGGCCAGCAAGAUCCUGGAGGCCUUGGAUGUGGAGACAGACCCGUGCCAGGACUUCUACCAGUACUCGUGUGGGGGCUGGAUCAAGAGGAACCCGCUGCCCAACGGGCGCUCCAAGUGGAGCACCUUCAACAGCAUCUGGGACCAGAACCAGGCCAUCAUGAAGCAUCUCCUAGAAAACGCUACCUUCAACUCCAGCAGCGAGGCGGAGCGGAAGACGCAGCGGUACUACCUGUCCUGCCUCAAGGAGCAGAGGAUCGAGGAGCUGGGCUCCCAGCCCCUCAUGGAGCUCAUUGACAAGAUUGGGGGGUGGAACAUCACUGGCUCCUGGAACCAGACUGGCUUCAUGGAGGUCCUCAAGAUGGUGUCAGGCACCUACCGGGCAACCCCCUUCUUCACGGUGUACGUGAGUGCGGACUCCAAGAGCUCCAACAGCAACGUCAUCCAGGUAGACCAGUCAGGGCUUUUCCUGCCAUCCCGGGAUUACUACCUGAACAAGACCGCCAACGAGAGGGUCCUGACAGCGUACCUGGAGUACAUGGUGGAGCUGGGCACACUGCUAGGGGGUGCCCCGGAGCCCACCCGCCUCCAGAUGCAGCAAGUGCUGGACUUCGAAACCCAGCUGGCCAACAUCACCGUGCCCCAGGCUGAGCGGCGUGACGAUGAGAAGAUUUACCACAAGAUGAGCAUCGCUGAGCUGCAGGCCCUGGCUCCCGCCAUCGACUGGCUGGAUUACCUGUCCUACGCCCUGGCCCCGCUGGAGCUGGUGGACACGGAGCCCGUGGUGGUGUACGGGGACACAUACCUCCAGCAGGUCUCUGACCUCAUCAACAGCACCGACAGGAGUGUCCUCAACAACUACCUGAUCUGGAACCUGGUGCAGAAGACGGCCUCCAGCCUGGACCAGCGCUUUGAGACGGCCCAGGAGAGGCUGCUGGAGACCCUCUAUGGCACCAGGAAGUCCUGUACGCCCCGCUGGCAAACCUGCAUCUCCAACACGGACGACACUCUGGGCUUCGCCCUGGGCUCCCUCUUUGUCAAAGCCACCUUCGACCGGGACAGCAAAGCCAUCGCCGAGGAGAUGAUCAGCGAGAUCCGGGCGGCCUUCGAGGUGUCUCUGGACCAGCUGGACUGGAUGGACCAGAAGACCAGGCAGGCUGCAAAGGAGAAGGCGGAUGCCAUCUACGACAUGAUCGGCUUCCCCGACUUCAUCCUGGACAACAAGGAGCUGGAUGAUGUCUAUGAUGGGUACGAGGUCUCGGAGGACUCCUUUUUCCAGAACAUGCUCAACUUCUACAACUUCUCUGCCAAAGUGAUGGCCGACCAGCUCCGAAAACCCCCCAACCGCGACCAGUGGAGCAUGACCCCACAGACCGUCAACGCCUACUACCUGCCCACCAAGAACGGGAUCGUCUUCCCCGCCGGAAUCCUGCAGGCCCCCUUCUAUGCCCGCAACCACCCCAAGGGUGUUUCAGGACCCUCCACAGCUGUUCCCCGGUCCCACCCCGCCCCACGGCUCUGUCCCACAGGGCGGGAGUACGACAAGGAGGGCAACCUGCGGCCGUGGUGGCAGAACUCCUCCCUGGAGGCCUUCAAGAACCGCACGGCCUGCAUGACGGAGCAGUACAGCCGCUACACCGGAGCGGGGCCACCACACCGCUACCCCGUCCACCACGAGAAGGUCAACGGCCGGCAGACGCUGGGCGAGAACAUCGCUGACAACGGCGGGCUCAAGGCAGCCUACAAUGCGUACAAGUCCUGGCUGCAGAAGAAUGGGGAGGAGAAGCGCCUGCCAGCCCUGGGGCUCACCAACCACCAGCUCUUCUUCGUGGGCUUUGCACAGGUAUGGUGCUCCGUCCGGACACCUGAGAGCUCCCACGAAGGACUGGUGACCGACCCCCACAGCCCCGACAAGUACCGUGUCAUUGGCACCCUCAGCAACUCCCGGGACUUUGUCAAACAUUUCGGCUGCCCCCUGGGCUCCCCCAUGAACCCCGGCAAGCACUGUGAGGUGUGGUAG